AUGAAGAUCGAAUAUUUUAAAUAUCUCGACCAAGAUGAAGUGAAGUCUGAAUUCAGUUUGGGUUCCAUUCAAUCAGGACCUUAUGAAAUACACGACUUUUAUACUGACUUUUGCAACAAAGGAUACGCCAAAACAAUUACUCUAAGAAAAUCUGCAAUUGAGACGACUAUUCCUGUGAUUCUGUAUUUACAUACAAAUGAAUCACAGAAUCUGAAUGAAACUGAUUGUGUGGUGAGAGUCGAAAUGUCCACUUCCUCUAAAAAUGGUCUCAUUGUAGCCAUGGAUGACAUCCAUAUUGGCAGUCAUGACAAUGAGACGUGU